AUGAAUAAUCGAAGAGUGUUUUAUGACGAGUCCAUUUGGGAACGGUUUGAGAACAGAAUAAAAACCUGGACCUAUGGACUCACACACGAAUUGCUACAGAAUUAGGUUUGCAGUCCAUUCUUGUUCAAGUUCCUAAUGUUGAUCGAGCUCAUCCAACUUCUGUACUAUUCGAUUCAUCCGAACUUGGAAUUUUUAUUCAAGACGGUGUGGUUGGAGUACUUCCGUAAUGCAUUGCAAUACUUUUAAGUUAAUUAUAUCAUAUUCAACGGUGGAGUGAAUGUGCUGUUAAUAGUGAUGUACAUAGCUUUUGGCAUUCAGAUUCUCAUGUUAUUCUUACUAAUCAUAAUCACAUUCAAACUCACAUCGAAUAAGCGAAAGCCAAGCACCUUUCUCACGUACUGUCUAAAAAUAUUUUCAUUGUAUGGCUUGCUCUUGAAUACCAUUUUGACAAUCCCCAUAUUCAAUUCCUUCAUCGCCACCAUUUAUUGCAAUUCAGAUGCUCCAUUUUCAGAUGGCUUAGAAUGCUACGCUGGUCUGCAUUUCCUGCACAUAUCCUUGGCUUUAAUAGGUUUGAUCUUGUUCCUAAUCAAUGUGCUCUACUUUGGACUGCUUUACGCCGAACUCAACCCAAGUUCCCCCAUUCCAUUCUCCUCUCCCCAAUCCAAAACUCCAUUGGUUAGACAACUCAUUAAAAUCGUGCUACCACUCUACGUGACUCUGGAUUUCAAUGGCGAUAUAUCUAAAGUGUACAUCUCUCUAUUGGCUGCAUUCUAUUUGCUGUUGUUGGUCUAAAGAUACCGAUCUCCCCCCUACUACAAUAAGAGUGUCUAUACCUUCAUAGUCGUACAGGAAGUCUUACUCUUUUGGGCUAGCUUGGUUGGAGUCAUUACGGCAUUUCUUGAUCUAGGAUCAGUUGAUGAUAUUGGGUUGUUUUAUAUGAUUCUGGGAAUGCCAUUGCUUUCCUUAGUUUACUUCCAGUUGUUGACUUUUCGACAAUAGCAGCUCCUGAGAACCCCAAUUAAAUCAUUCAAGAAGGAGACAGACAUCGAAAUCUACAUAAAUCAUCUCAUGGAUUUAAUUGAAAAUCGUGAAAUUCUUCAAUGCAGAAUUGUCUUGGAAGGUGUAUUAAAAUUGCAUUUGAAGAACUGUGGAAAACCAAGUGAUAGCUGUGUAUGUCAACAAUUGGUAGCUGACAAUUUGAAGGAUGAAGAAACACCCCAAAAAUUAAAGAGAUGGUAUCAAUUAAUAAAGAGUAUUAUAUCUGAUGCUCUGGACAGGUAUCCAAAAUGUCCAAGAUUGCAUCUGUUGAAUUCAUACAUACAUCAUGAGAAAUUGAAGAAUAAAUUCAAAGCCUUAUUUGAAUUGAUGAUCACUGAAGAAAAUAAACCAAAUUUACAAGAAGAAUUUAGUAUUUACAGAUAUAAGAAUAUGAUUGAAGAGGAAAUGAUUGAGAAUGAUAUGAGAACAUCUGAAAACAAAGGAGUAGAUGUCAACAUCAUCGUAGUAUUCUAAAAUAAAUUUGUCAAUUUCCUCAGUAGUAUAGAAAAAAGUGUUACUUUACAUAUGGAAUUCUGGAGAGAACUAUUAGAAGAAAACCCAGAUAUUUAGAAAUUGUAAUCACUUGGAUCUAAAAUUACAAACACUGUUGAAUCUACAAGUGAUUUCUACAAAAAACUAUAAGAGAUGAAUCAGAAUCAUAUCAAAUGUCUGUAAGUAUACGGCAACUUUUUGAAGGAUAUUGUUAAUGACGAUGUGGAAGGUUAAAGGAUCUUGGAGAAAGCUGAAUAUAUACAAAAGAGCACUGCUGUCAAUAAGUUAGGAUUGGAUUAAGAAAGAUAGAAGUAUGGUGAAAAUGCCAAUACUUGCAUUAUCACUUGUUCAGGCAAUUAUAAUAAUAUAGGUGUGGUUACUAAUGUUAACAAUGAAAUCACUAGAAUCCUAGGGUUCUCUAAGUCAGACAUAAUUGGAUAGAAUGUAAAUAGAAUCAUGCCAAAAGUAUAUGCUGAUCAACACGAUCAAUUCAUGAAGAACUAUUUAGAAACCAGUGAUUCCAAAGUGAUUGGAUAGGAAAGAAUACUAUUGGCUUAAAAUAAGAACAAUUAUUUGGUGCCAUGCACUCUCAUGAUUAAAGUCUUGCCUAAUUUGGAUGAAGGAAUUUAGAUAGUGGGAUUCUUGAAAGACAUAGAACCUGGAAGUUCAUAUUUGAGAAGUGAAUAAGAAAUUGAUUAGGAGUGGCAUUUCAUUAUCAUCAACGUAAAUAGUCAAGCCAUCUUGGGAAUUACCCAAUCCUGUUAUACAAGAUAUGGUAUUCCAGCAUCUUUGGUCUAUGGCAAUUCAACAAAUACUAAUGAAUUUACUAUUGAUGCCAUUGCUCCAGAACUAGUGGAUAUUAAAAACCAGGAUGAUCUCAAAUCUCAAGGUCUGGUUACUACUAUUGAUACAUCUUAACUCCAAUAAAACUUCCUGUUGGGACGAGGAGAAAGUGAUGAUGAGAUGUCAUUGGAAGAGGAAGAAAACAUUUAUGAACCUCCAUAAUAAGCAUCAUAAAUGUAAUCUAAGAUUGGAGAUUCAAAUUUAGGUUAGAUGCUGAAUUAGAAUCAUUAAUACAAAGAAACCGCUGUUGAUAUAUCACAAUAAGUUUAGAAUUCAAAAAUAGAGGAGGCCAAGAGUAAGAAGUUGUAAAAGCAGCAAAGAUACAAAAAAUAUAAGAUUAAGGCUUUCGUUUAAGAUGAGACAGAAUUUGGUGAUUAAAAAAUACAAAUUAUCAGAUUCUAUGAAGUAGAUGAGAAUGAGGAAGUUAAACAAUAGAGAUCAAUGGAACCAGCUGCUGAAGAAGCACAGUAGAAUUAAAUGAAAACUGUUAUGAAAGAUGAGUAGUAAGUCUAGGAAGAUGUAAAUGCCUCUGAGGGUGAAUCCAAUUUGUCUGGUGGAUCAGUAAAUGAUGAUAUGAGAUAAUUGAAAGAUUUCAAAGCUUUGAUUUCUGAGAAAACAGAACCAAAGUAUAUCCGUAUUCUGAAACGAACUGUAUGGUUUAUUAUGCUCGUACUCAUCGUUCUAAGUGCAUUGAUAUUGGGCUAUAGGAUGACUCAAAGUUCAGAUGUCUAAGAAGGUGCGGAUGCCAUCUAUUUGUCAUAUCUGAGACAUAAUAUAAUGGCAGAUGUCAACUUCUACACUAGAUUGCUGUAGAUGUUAGGAAACAGCACUUACAUAGCUGAUAAACAUGGUUACACCACAGCAACUGCAGAUACAUAUAUAAAGGCCAAUCUAUCCUAUUUGGUCGACACUUUAAAGGUGGUGUAAUUUGAUGUCAUUAAGGCCAGAAUCAAAAUGGAAGCAAGGAUGACUGGAUCAUCUAAUUUGGAGACAUAUUAGGUUUCGUUUUUGUUGACAUCUGGAGAAACCAAAAUAUACGACAAUAUAUUCAAUGAUGCAUUAUUUUAAAUCAUUACAUCAGCAUCUUCACUCAGAAACUCUUCAGCUGCAUCAUUUAACGGUUCUGUCACCACAGUAGAUAAUACGCAAAAGAAUUUUUAUUAUGUGAUGACAAAUGGACUAUUCGUAUUGAGAAGUGGAUCCGAGAGUAUUGCACAACGAUUCUUCGAUUUUUACUCAGAUGAAAUCAAGAAUUAUUAAGUUACCUUCUUUGUUAUUAUGGGUGUUGGUAUAUUCUGUUUAGUGGUAUCUGCUAUGAUCCUCAUUCCUAUUGUGUUUUAGGUGCAUAAAACAAAUAACAUGGUUAUGUCAUUGUUUGGUAUCAUUCCAAUCUAAGAAAUUAAGGAGUUGGCUGCUAAAUGUGAAAAUUAUAUGUAGGAAUUCUUGGAGGAUAAAAAUGAAAAGAAGGAAAUAGUUGAUAAAGAAGAUAAACCUCCUUAACCCAAUGUCUAACCUCCAGAGGUAGAGAAAACAUAGAACAAAGAUGUUUUUGAAAUGAAUAAUGAAGAAGAAGACAGGAGUGAUAAAAAGAAAACCUAAUAAUAAAAUGGAUCCAAUGGAAGUGGAUAGAAUGGCAGUGGAUAGAAUGUUUUGCAGACUGGCCAACCUAAUUCGAAUGCUAUACAUACAUCCAUCACAGCAAAACCCUCUGAAAACAGAGCCACACCAUCUGCUUUUACUUAAGGUGCUACCAAGAAUGAUUAAAAAUAGCAAUAGCAAUAAGAACAAGACAAAAAGGAAAAUGAAGAGGAAAUUGAGAAUCUUCGCUCAUAAAAAUUGUUAAACUCAAAGGAUAAUAACAAAUCAGUAGUCAUUGUUCAAUUCCUAAUCUUUGCUCUAAUCUUUAUUUCCUAUUUCAUUUUGGACAUUAAUUUAGAAUUGAUCUUUUUGGAUAAUGUGUAAAAGGUUUAUGAUCAUCUUUAAUAUUCGUCCAAAAGACCUAUUUCCAUUAAAUAUAAUGUUUACUUCACGUUCGAAGAAGUUGUGACCAAUAAGACGUAAACGGAAAAUUCAAUUGAUAUGAGAACAGAGUUCCAAAGCAGAUUGUAUGAUAAUGAAAGGAAUUUGUUCUAAUCUUUGACUUAGUCAUUCCCUUCCUAAUUUGAUUCGUAUUUGUCCAAAUUCUAGGCUUUUACUUACAAUAAUUUAUGCGUCAACGAUUUCACUAUAAACAACUUUGUUACUGAUUAAUCGGGAUGUGCAGCUGUAGAUUCAGGUUUACUUACAAGUGGAUUGAAGACUGCCUUUGUGUCAGUGGCCUUGAGCACAAAUGAUAUGAUCAGCUAUUGGAAGAACACUCAAAGAACUAGAACAGACUUAAUUUCAACCAUCAACAAUUAAACUUAUCACGAUAAAUUACAUAGGCUAUUGUAUUAUAUUUCACCUGCAUGUGACUACUUAACAGAUCGGUUCAUGUCAGGCAUAGCAGACUUCUUAUCUUACAGUGAUUCUAUUGAACAAAUGAAAUUUAGUGUGUACUUGGUGGUGAUGUUUGCUGCAUUCAUCUUUUGUUGGACUCCUUACUUGAAUAAUCUAUCGAAGCAGAUUUGGAGAACUAAAGGAAUGUUGAAUAUGAUACCUAUGGAUAUCAUUCAAAAAUACCCUAACUUGAAAUAAUAAUUUAUUGGUGGAGAAAUAUUAUAAGCAGUGAAAUGA